AUGUUCAAGGAUAUUCUAAGAGAAUAUCGUCGCCUGGAUGAUGCCAUUGUCAUGAGGUUAAACCGUGCCAACGCCUCUAUGCGUGACCAAGACAGACUCCACGGCAGCAAUGCAAACGAGACACUACAAGACCAGGCCUGUGUUCAGAUAUGGCGAGAAUUGGUCGGCAACUGGAAACGUCGAACACAACUCAUCGAGUACUGCGUCGGCGUUGUGGACCAGUCGUUGAAGGAGAAGCAAGCAGCUUUGCUUGACGGGGACCAGGAUCCGGUCAGUACAAGGAAAACGCAAGGGGGGAUAUUCGAAGACGAAGUAAAGCGCACCCAAGUUCGCAAGGAGCUAUCGGUGGAUGCCAUUGUGCAAAGGCGUUCCAUGGAAGCCUUCCGUGCAAGGUGUCAGUUCUUCGUUCCGCCAACGGGUAACGACGAGGCUCGUAAAAUGUGGGAUGUUGCCCAUCGAUGA